AUGACCGGUGGCAGGGUGAUUGUUCUGGAUCAAUUGGUCGAAACUUUGCCGCAGUACGAGCGAGUGGAGGGCUUGCGUAUCUUUUCCCAUAUGACGAGGAUCAAACGCUGGAGAAAGUCAACAUCGCAACUGUCUUCCUUGGAUAAACCGUAUAAAGAUGCUUUUGACUACGUCCACGGCCAGAUCUCCAAAUUCGUCGAAUUGACUGGAUCAGAGUUCGGCCAAAGAAUUUUGGACAACUGGACAGAGCUCCGCCGAAAGAUUGUGGAAGGAACAAAGGACGUCGAGGACAGGAUGGAGGUCAACGACUUUGCCUUCAAGCAGACAACAGUCGAUAUUGAGAACAUUGUUGUGCCUGGGAAAGCUAAGGAAUUGGACGAGCCCCUUGGGACAAGUUGCGCGUGGUUCGUCAAAUACCAACGGCAGAAGAAGCUGUAC